UUAGAUAAAAUAAAGCUGACAUUGUGUCCGCAUGACGCAUAAAUUGUGUUUUAUGUAUAUAGUAAUUUUGUAAAAUCUUAAGAUAAACAAAUAUAUAAAAUGGCAGAGAAAUACGAUAAAAAUGGUUAUAACAGUAGUGAUUUUAAAAGAAAUGCAAGUCAAGAUAUGGCAGAACAUGAUCACGAACAAGAUGGCGAAGAGGGGUCCAAACUUAACGAAAAAGCCGGCGAAUACAUGAGAGAACUAUUGAGUGAAAAAAUCAAAUUGAAUAACACAAAGUUUCCUAUUUCAUCCCGUCUUAUUGACACAGAAGUAGCAAAAGUGCAGGCAUCAGGACGUGUACCACCAAAAGACUUUAAAUAUCUAGACGUCUACAGGGAAAAAGCAAUUAAAGUCACCGUCAAAGUAUUGGUACCGGUCAAAGAACACCCUAAGGUAAAUUUUGUCGGCAAACUAUUGGGACCAAAGGGUAAUACUAUGAAACAAUUGCAAGAAGAAACAAUGUGCAAAAUGGCUGUACUCGGCAGAGGUUCCAUGAGAGACAGACAAAAAGAAGAAGAACUCCGUAACUCUCUUGAUCCGAAAUAUGCCCAUUUAUCUGAUGAGCUGCAUGUAGAAGUAUCUGCAAUGGCACCCCCCGCAGAAGCUCAUGCUAGAAUUGCGUAUGCACUGGCAGAGGUCAAGAAAUACCUUAUUCCUGAUGCCAACGAUAUGAUCAGACAGACACAGAUGCGGGAGAUUAUGGAAAGAGAUAUGGGAUUGCCGAAGCGGCCUUUGCUAGAUGUGCCCGAUAGCAAGAGCGUCGUAUACAGUGCUUGCACCGUCACCAAACAUUCCUUCUCCUACCAGAAUCCUGUGCUUAGGAUGACAGGCGCCCCGCCCCCACCACUCGCCGCGCCCCGCUCCGCUGCGCCCCGCAUGCCCCCGGCGCCCAUGAGGCCCAUGCCGGCUAAAACAAAGGUCUUCAGCAUACUGGACCGAGCGCGCUCCGCCAUGGAGUCGUCAUAUUCGUAUGAAGAUCCUUACGCUGCACCAGAACCACACGUGCCCCGCGGGCCCCCCCGGGCCGCGCCCGAGCCCGAAUACUACUACGAGCGCAGCCAGGAGCGCUACUACGAGGACGACUCGUACUACAAGGAGGAGCCCCGGGAGUACAAGGCGUCGGCGCGCGACGUGGGCACGCGGCGGCCCGGCCCGUCCAACGCGCCGCGCCACUACGCGCGCGCCUCGCCCUACGCGCGCGCGCCCAAGACAACACAGAAGAAACGUUCACAUAAGAUUGGUGAGUAUAUAACAACAAAAACAGAAUGGCAAAAAUAAGCAAAUAAAAAUGGA